AGGCUUCUCAAAUAAAUUUAUAGAAUGACACACACGGAGUAGCCGUUAAAACUUUGUUUUCUUUGGUAAAAUACUAGCCGUUAGAACUUAGAAGUAAAAUGCCGCCGAGCCUGGCUUUCUCUGUUCCCUCUCCCUCCAAGCUCGUCUUGCCUUCUGUAAAACCCCAACAGAACCCUAACCCUUCCGACCAAAAUCUUUCACUGAGAAAUCUCAGCUUCGAACCCCUUAACAACCGUCUGAUCCGCAACCUCAAUGAGGGCCACCUCCGCAAAGCAAUCUCUACCCUUGAUCUCAUGGUCCAGCACGGGACCCACCCGGACCUCACCACCUAUUCCCUCCUCCUCAAAACCUGUAUUAGGUCCCGCAAUUUCGAUCUCGGCAGGGUCGUUCAUGCCCAGUUGGAUCGGUCAAAGCUUGAGCUUGAUUCCGUCACUCUUAACUCUUUGAUUAGCUUGUACUCGAAAAGUGGGGAUUGGGAAAAAGCAAAUGCCAUCUUCGAAAGCAUGGGAAAUAAGAGGAAUUUGAUUUCUUGGAGUGCAAUUGUGUCGUGCUUUGGGAAUAAUGGUAUGGAAUCUGAAGCUAUCGGUGCGUUUAUUAACAUGCUUGAGAAUGGCUUUUGCCCCAAUGAGUAUUGCUUUGCCGCGGUGAUUCGGGCAUGUUCUAAUACGAAUUAUGUUUGGGUUGGUAAAAUGGUUUUUGGCUUUGUAAUAAAAAGUGGGUAUUUCGAUUCUGAUAUGUCUGUUGGGUGUGCGUUGAUAGACAUGUGGGCAAAGGGUGUUGGUGAUGUGGAGGCAGCAAAUAAGGUGUUUGAGAAAAUGCCAGAACGGAAUGCGGUUGCGUGGACUUUGAUGAUGACCAGGUUUGCACAGUUGGACUGUGCCAAAGAGGCCAUUGGUUUGUUUUUGGACAUGAUAUUGCAUGGGUAUGAACCCGAUCAGUUUGCGUUUAGCAGUGUCAUGGCGGCUUGUUCAAGGUUAGGAUUGUUAUCAUUUGGGAAGCAACUGCACUCUUAUAUCAUACGGUCUGGAUUGGCUUUAGAUCGUUCCGUUGGUUGUUGUUUGGUGGACAUGUAUGCUAAGUGUGCAAUUGAUGGAUCAGUGGAUGAUUCAAGGAAGAUAUUUGAUUGUAUGCCAAAUCAUAAUGUUAUGUCCUGGACGGCGAUUAUAACUGGAUAUGUACAGAGUGGAGGGUGUGAUGAGGAAGCUAUAAAGCUCUUUCAGGAAAUGAUCUUGAAUCAUGUUUUUCCGAAUCAUUUCACUUUUUCUAGUAUUCUUAAGGCCUGUGCAAAUCUGUCAGAUAUGCUUACCGGCAAACAAAUUCACGCCCUUGCAGUAAAACUAGGUCUAGCAUCUGUUAAUUGUGUGGGAAAUUCACUAAUUCACAUGUAUGCACAGUCUGGCCAGAUGGAAGAUUUCCAGAGAGCCUUUGACAUUCUGUUUGAUAAGAAUUUGAUUUCUUACAACACAAUGGUUGAUGCGUAUGCUAAAAAUUUAAAUUUGGAAGAAGCCUUUUAUCUAUUUUAUGAAAUUGAGGAAAUGGGCUUCAGGGCUACUGACUUUGCAUUAUCUAGUCUUUUGAGUGGAGUUGCCAGCACUGGUGCAAUUGGUAAGGGUGAGCAAGUCCAUGGUCGGAUACUAAAAUCAGGAUUCGAGUCAAACCAGUGCGUAGCUAAUGCUUUGGUUUCUAUGUACUCCAGGUGUGGGAACAUAGACGCUGCUUUUCAAGUGUUCCAUGAGAUGGGGGAUCGAAAUGUUAUAACUUGGACUUCAAUUAUAACAGGCUUUUCAAAACAUGGAAAUGCAGCAAGGGCCAUGGCAAUGUUCCAUGAAAUGCUUCAGGCUGGUAUAAGACCAAACGAGAUAACCUAUACUGCCGUUUUAUCAGCUUGCAGUCAUGCUGGUUUGGUUUCUGAGGGAUGGAAACACUUCAACUCAAUGCACCUAAAACAUGGUAUUGCCCCAGGAAUGGAACAUUAUGCAUGCAUGGUUGAUAUGCUGGGUCGAUCAGGAUUUCUUAUAGAUGCUUUUGAGUUCAUAAAGUCGAUGCCCUUUGAGGCUGAUGCUCUAAUCUGGCGUACAUUUCUCGGAGCUUGUCGAAGCCAUGGUAACAGAGAACUCGGAAAACACGCGGCAAAGAUGCAUCUUAUGCAGAACCCACAUGAUCCUGCUGCAUAUCUUUUGUUAUCCAAUUUAUAUGCUUCCACGGAUCAAUGGGAAGAAGUGGCCAAAAUCAGAAAGAAUAUGAAGGAGAGGAAUUUGAUUAAAGAAGCUGGUUCGAGCUGGAUAGAGGUUGAAAAUAAGUUGUACAAAUUUCAUGUUGGGGAUACUUCACACCCGAAAGCUCGUGAGAUUUAUGAGGAACUGAAACAGUUGGCUUCAAAAAUAAAGAAACUAGGCUAUGUCCCCAACACAGAUUGGGUACUUCAUGAUGUGGAGGAUGAACAAAAAGAGCAAUAUUUGCUUCAACACAGCGAGAAAAUAGCAGUGGCGUUUGGUCUUAUUAACACAUCCAAAUCAAGACCCAUAAGAGUAUUUAACAAUCUCCGUGUUUGUGGAGACUGUCACACUGCAAUUAAGUUCAUUUCGGUGGCGACAGGGAGAGAAAUAGUGCUGAGAGAUUCAAACCGGUUUCAUCACAUUAAGGAUGGCACAUGUUCCUGUAAUGAUUAUUGGUAAUAUUUGUGUGACAUUAAACUUAAAUAUAAUAGAUCUCCUUUUGUUAUUUAAGGCCCCUCAAUCAAGGCUUCUAAGUGGUGCUUUAUUGAAAGUGCUUACGAAGGUGAAAGAAGGCAAACAUACAUCCCUGUACAGUUCUCUUUAUGAUGAAGGAAUAUACUCUAAUUUGAUUAAUUUAUUUUA